AUGUUUACUGUCUCUUUUCUUUUUUUUUGGGCAGAUGUGAGUAAAUGUCAAGAUUUUCGAUCACCAUUUGGUGUCCUUCUCGAUUGUGAUAAUCGAAAUAGUGUUAAUUGCUCAGAUGAACAACGUCUUUUAUUUUUUUUGAUGCGUAAUUAUUCAAAUAAUGUUCGGCCAGUAAGAAAUGCUAGUCUACCGGUGCCGGUUAAAUUAGGUUUAACAUUGACACAAAUAUUUGAUAUGAUGGAGAAAAAUCAAAUAUUGAUUACAAACGUAUGGUUAGAUCAAGAAUGGUUUGACGAAUUUCUUCAAUGGAAUCCAGAUGAUUUUAAUGGUAUUCGUCGUCUUAAUCUUCCAUCAAAAUUAAUUUGGUUACCUGAUAUUGUUCUAUAUAAUAAUGCUGACGAAUUCUCCAAUAGUAAUACAAUGCAAGCAAACGCUAUGAUUAUACAUAAUGGUAGUGUUUUUUGGCCAAUACCAACACGAUUAAAGAGUACUUGUCAAAUAGAUGUUACCUAUUUUCCAUAUGAUGAACAAGAAUGCAAAUUAAAAUUCGGUAGUUGGACUUACAAUGGUUAUCAAGUAUCAAUUGAACAACGCUUUCAUGCUAUUGAAUUAUCUAAUUAUGUUCCUAAUGGUGAAUGGGAUCUGUUAGAUACAUCAUAUCAAGUGAAUAUCGUUCGUUAUGCAUGUUGUCCGGAACCAUUUCCCGAUAUAACAUUUUAUGUUCGUAUACGACGACGUGUAUUAUAUUAUUUAUAUUCAGUUGUUUUUCCUUGUGUUAUGCUAUCUAUUUUAACUUUACUUGUUUUUUGUUUACCACCAGAAUCAGGUGAAAAAAUUGCUCUUGGUAUUACAGUUUUACUUGCAUUUAGUGUAUUCAUGUUAGCUAUUGCUGAAAGUAUGCCAGAAACAAGUGAACACAUUCCAUUAAUUAGUUUGUAUUUAACUGCUGUCAUGGCUAUGACAAGUGUAUCAGUAAUGAUGACAGUAUUAGUUCUUAAUCUUCAUUAUCGUGGUCCGAAAAAAAAUGAAAUACCAUUUUGGCUUCAACAAUUAUUAAGUUUAUCAAUAGCAAAUGUUGUUCGAACUAUGUCACGAUCCAAAAGGCUUAAACUGUAUAAAAAUCGAGAAAUACGACUUCGUACAAGUUUUCAUGAUAAUAAUAGAAAUCUAGAUGCAAGAACUCGUUCAUCGGUCAAUGGAGUUUUAUUAUCUUAUAUGAACAGUAAUCAAACUGACACAAAAACACCAAAAACAAUUAAUGCACAUUCAAUUGAGAUUGACGAUUAUGAUGCUCCACAACCACAAAAACAGCCACCAAUGGAAGAAAAUAAAUGUAAACGUCCGUCUCAUUUGAAUCCUGAAGAAAUUAUUCUAAAGGAUCGAUCAAUGUCUCGUUCAAGUUCAGUCGCAACAAUUCAUGAUGAAAUUCAGGAUACAUUACAGAUUCUAUUGAAUAAACAGAAAGAAAUUGAAAACGACCAAAAAGUAACAAAUGAUUGGCGUGCUCUAGCGACAAGAAUCGAUAAAAUUCUUUUUUAUAUUUUUCUCCUUUUAACAAUCAUAUCAACAUUAGGUCUUCUUGUUGUUGUGCCACUUUUUCGUACUAAUGUACAGCGAAAAGCAAAGCAUUGGUAUGGAUCAAAACGUUCUUAA